AUGGGGCGCGGACCACGUCGUCGUCGUGUAAAGAGCGAGGAUGAGGAAUCGGAAGACGAGGCCCUAACCCCCAUGUCUCCAAAUACACAGAAGGCAAAUCACUUGAAGAUGAUUCAGCGGAUGGACCUUGGUGAGGACAACGCAGAUGCUAUCAAGACAAGCGAUUACUCCAACCGGGGUCGGCAAUUUAACCCCUCCUCUAUUGUGCGAGAAUGCCAUGUCGCAGGCACCGAAGCGGCCAGGAUUGCAAAGGAGAACCAAGGGGCAACAUCUAAAUGGCUGACAUUCGGUCAGAGCGACGAAGCUAUUGACGAUCUCUUUACCCAGAGACAAAUCAGCAAUGGCAACAGCCAUCGGCAUAACGUAAAAGAAGCAAAGAGAGAGGAAGAGGCGCGUUUAGGGCAUAAGCUUAGCCUCGAAGACACCUACAAUGAUCAUGGUGGCGGUCGACGAGCCGGAAUGCGCGUCACGUCUCUUCCUUCUCGUCUUGCGGCAGCAGCAGCAGCAGCAGCGCCGUUUACUCAAACGGCGGGCAGCACGCGCCCAUUCGCUACGGCGCCAAAUAACUCAGAGCAUGCAAAACGCGGUAAAGCAGUCGCCGCCAGGCCGUGGCCUCCGCCAGCUCUUGAAGGCACUCCGUCCAUGGCGCGGGCAUUGCAGAUCGCUCAACCAUCUGCUAAAAUUGUUACCCCCACGAUGACGGCCAUGUGUGAAAAUCGUCCGGCUGCUGCGGCGGCGAGUGAUUCCAAGCGACGGGCGCUUACUCUUCCGGCGAAGCAAGGGUUCAACUUGGUGGAAGAUUCUUCACAGUUCAUGUCAUCCAUCAAGAGCAAACUGGCUACUUGGUCGCAGGACAAACCGACAGAAGCCCAAGAGACGUCGGCUUCUGCUGCAAAUGCAGAUCCAGCCACAUUAGCAGCAGCACCCUCGACCGAACCUGCUCCUCAGGUCGGCCAGGCUUCUGAGCAUCUUCACGACCCCUCCAUUCGCCGAAUCCCAAUCGCCGAAUUCUCCUUCUCUGUAGCCCAUGCUCUGGCUCCCGCCAAUGUGUCCACUCAUACAGAUGGCGAACCGAGCCCUGGGGCACUUUCUGGCUUCUCGACCUCCAUUACGGAUGGUGGAGAGUCGUCAACUCAACUUCAAGCCGUCACGGAUGAUUUGAUCGGCCUUGGUAUCGAGGAUGGGACUUUGUCCGUGACCCGUUCCAUGUCCCAAGUGCCUGGCAGAGCUAGUCCACUAUCGACCAGCGGGAGCAUUUUGGAUUCGCCCAUCCUGGACCAGGUCAGCAGCAAGGUUCUGCCAACCGAAGUUGCUAAAGUCGUCAUCAUCGGUGGUCAUCGAUAUGUUCUCGAGUCGGAGGUGUUGAGUCUCAAGGACACGGUUCAAACCAAAGUCAGCAGCACCACGACCAGUGUCAUAGGUGAUUCCCAGGUUUCUGACCCAGCUUCCAAAGCUGCUGCCUUGCCUCAACCGUCCGAGGCGUCUUCAACCGUGGCUUCGUCCAUCAAUUCUACUGCAGUUCCGACGUUCCGUGCUGUCAAUCCGUUCGCCCCUCGCGAGCCAUUGGCGACAAACGAUACCAACAUUGCAGCAUCCCAAGGCUCCGUUUCCACGGUCACCAAAGAUUUGAAGGGGCCGUCUACCGCAGCGAAACCAGCGACUCGAGCUUCGUCAGUGGUCACGAGCAAGACGACCGUCAUUUCGAAGUGGGCUGACGAGCCAUCCUCUCGCUCGACCAACUGGCCCACUGCACAUGUCGUCCGUCCCUCGUCGCCAAUAUUCGGGGAUCGCAAAGUUUUCGGCCACCUCUCGCAAGAGGCCUCUGAAAGUAAGAACUACGAGCCUCCUCCGCCUCCUCCUCCGCCAGAUACAAAACCUCCUACGACGACGACGACGACGAAACGUAAAUAUGAGCCUAUGGGCCCCGGUUUGGCGAUGCUUCUGCAAGAUAUCGCCGAUGCAGAAAGGAAGAAGGCCGAUGCUGCUGCUGCUGCUGCUCCACAUGAUAGCGACGAGGAGUUGUGA